AACAAAAAAAAAAAAAAAUCUGUCUAUGGUCACGUUUCUGCUUGCAGUCAAGGAGGGUCGCAAUCUCAUACCCAUGGAUCCGAACGGCCUGAGCGAUCCGUAUGUGAAGGUGAAGCUGAUACCAGAUGACAAGGAUCAAUCCAAGAAGAAGACGCGCACGAUCAAGGCGUGCCUGAAUCCCGUGUGGAAUGAGACGCUUAGCUAUGAUCUGAAGCCUGAGGAUAAGGAUCGACGCAUUUUGAUCGAGGUCUGGGAUUGGGAUCGCACUUCCCGUAAUGAUUUUAUGGGCGCCUUGUCCUUUGGCAUCUCGGAGAUCAUCAAGAAUCCCACCAAUGGCUGGUUCAAGCUGCUCACCCAAGACGAGGGCGAGUACUAUAAUGUGCCCUGUGCGGACGAUCAGCAGGACUUGCUCAAGCUCAAGCAGAAGCCGUCGCAGCGCAAGCAGCCAAUGAUGCGCUGCGACACACACACACAGUCACAGUCYAAAAAGGACAUGAUAAGGGCGACAGACUUCAAUUUCAUCAAAGUGCUGGGCAAGGGAUCGUUUGGCAAGGUGCUGCUGGCGGAGCGCAAGGGCAGCGAGGAGCUGUAUGCGAUUAAGAUACUCAAAAAGGAUGUGAUCAUACAGGACGACGAUGUCGARUGCACCAUGAUUGAGAAGCGUGUACURGCGCUGGGCGAGAAGCCGCCGUUUCUUGUCCAGCUGCACUCAUGCUUUCAGACAAUGGAUCGUCUGUUCUUUUUACAAAUCGCCCUACUUACGCUUCUGUCACAGAAACAUCGCAAGGAUGUGUCCAACUUCGAUAAGCAAUUCACAUCAGAGAAAACAGACUUGACGCCCACGGACAAAGUGUUCAUGAUGAACCUGGAUCAAUCGGAAUUUGUGGGCUUCUCCUAUGUGAAUCCCGAAUAUAUUGUCAGCCCAUAAGCAGAUGCAGAUGCAGACACCGGCGAAAGACAGACAACCGGAAACAGGAAACGGAACCAGCGAGUUGUGUCGUCAGUUGAUAUUAAUUCUUAAUUGA